AUGCCGAGAGUGAGGCCGUACAAUACAUUAGUGUACGCAUUAUUGGCUACCUCAGUGCUGGCUUUCUUCCGUUUAAUAAUGCCGGCGAUAGAGGACAGCAUUCUAUUCGGCGGGCGUGACCGAUGGAAAGUCUACUACUUCCGGCCAGACAACGCCAGUACGGCCGAUUUCAACCAGAGCACUUUGGGAUAUUGUCACGACAGUGUCUUUUUAAUAACCAUGGUGAUAACCCACCAUGACAACUGGGUGCAGAGAAUGGUGAUUCGUGAAACUUGGGGUGGCGUCAAAAAAGUGAGCGAUAAAACAAUUGUGAAUGUUUUUGUUUUGGCGCAAACAAACAACAAAGUAAUGGCGAACAGACUUCGCCAAGAAAACGAAGAGCACCAUGACAUGGUAGUGUUGAAUUUUAAAGAUCAUUAUUUAAAUUUAACGUUGAAAACGUUGCAAAGUCUGUAUUUAGUUACAAAGUAUUGUCCUGCGGCGGAAUAUAUUUUAAAGGCAGACGACGACGUGUUCAUUAAUUAUUUUUCGUUGGUGCCAUUUCUCUCUAAAAGCCCGCGUAAAGAUUACGCUGUUGGGUUUAAACAUUACAAAGCUACGCCUGUGCGAUGGAGAAAGUCAAAAUGGUUCACGCCUAAACAUAUUUACAGGGAACGGGUUUAUCCGCCAUAUUUGGCGGGUACUGCAUACGUCAUGUCACGUGAUGUCGCUUUAAGAGUACACAACGUAGCAACAGCUGUGACGUUUCUGCCAUGGGAAGACGUCUUUGUUGGGUUGUGCAUGAGGAAACUCAAGAUUACACCUUUAAUGGAUAAACGGUUUGACACUCACGGAAGGGAGUAUAUACAGAAUAGAACAUGUCCAAUCCAUCGUAUAUUCUCGAUACACCACGUUGAACCCAGAAAUAUUACUGAUUUAUGGAAGAGAUAUCACGAAGAAGAGCAAGAUGCACGAUGUCAUAAUAAGUAUCAUUAUACUGAAAUGUUGUCUGCGAAACCUCUGACAUGA